AUGGCCGAAAUCAUCCUCCGAACAGACAAUCCAUCGCGAUUUAAACCUCUCGGCAAGAACUGGGUCACAACAUUUAUAAAACGACGCCCGGAGAUCAAAUCUCGCUUUUCAAGGCGACAUAAUUACGAGCGAGCAAAAUGCGAGGACCCUCGAGUUAUACAAACGUGGUUUGAUCAGCUACAAAACAGCGGGAAUCGUCCCUUUUCAACCUGCGAGAGUGCUCGAAAAGUUGAAUAUUCGCCUUUCAACUCUUACACCUCCACCGAGCCGUGGCUCUACAAAUUCAACUCUAGCGACGCCUCAUACAGCAAAGCAACUGUAGAAAUCGGCUUCAUCGAUAAAGGAGAUGCUAAAGCAGGGAUCCCGCAGUUCCUCUACGCCUUCAAAACGCCUAUUCCAGAGCUUUUUUAA